AUGCUGUUUUUGAUACUAGUGACAGUGUUGCUAUUUUGCAAGCAUAAUACACAGGCAUUUUUUUCGGCGGACAGCGAUAUUCUUCAUAGCUAUCAUUUGAAUGAUUCAGUGCCACUCGUUGUAAACAAGAUCACAUCUGCAAAGACACAAUUACCAUUUGCAUAUGAAGAGUUACCUUUUGUGUGUCCUUCCAACGAUAAUACACGCAAACAGCAACGAUCACUGGUCAAUUUGGGGCACAUUCUGCAAGGUGAUCGCUACAUGAAGAGCAGAUCUGAGCUGAAAUUGGGCCACGCUAUCUACUGCAAUCAGCUAUGCACUGUUAAACUGAACGAGAGAGAUGUUGAGCUGGCAAAAGAGCUAAUUAGGCUAGACUAUAGGGUGGAAUGGCUUGUAGAUGGUUUGCGAGGAUUAUCGCAGGACAACAGCAACACGCAACAUCGCAAAUGGCUACCACAGUUGAAAAUGGGCUAUGUGGACAAGUUUACUAGCAAGACCUUUCUUUACAACCACUUUAACCUACAUUUGCAGUACCAAGCACACCCAACUGAUGCAAGCACCAAAUACAUUGUUGGCUUUGAAGUGUACCCCUCAGCCAUCCAUAAUGCAAAUACAUGCAUAGUUAGUCCAAACUCUACAGCCACAGAAUUAGGAGCAAGUGCAUUUCUUCACUACACAUACUCGGUGUCAUGGGAAGAGGUAGGUGCUGUAUGGAGUUGCUCUAAAACAGUGAAAACUCACUUUGUAUCAGUCGAAAACCAUCACAUGGAACACUCGCUUGAAUCGCUAUCAACAGCAUAA